UUCCUCUCCAGAUUUACCACUCUGCUUCUCCUCCUCUCCCUGCUCUCUGCUGCCACCAUCUUCACUUCUACAGAAGCUUAUGACCCACUUGACCCAACUGGAAAUAUCACAGUGAAAUGGGAUAUCAUGAGCUGGACCCCUGAUGGUUACAUGGCGGUUGUAACACUCUACAACUUCCAACAAUACCGUCACAUUCAAGCACCAGGAUGGUCGUUGGGAUGGACAUGGAGGAAGAGAGAGGUGAUAUGGGAUGUGGUGGGAGGGCAGACAACUGAGCAAGGGGAUUGCUCCAGAUUCAAAGGAAACAUUCCACAUUGCUGCAAGAAGAAACCCACUGUUGUGGAUUUGUUGCCUGGAACUCCCUACAAUAAGCAGGUCGCAAAUUGCUGCAAGGGUGGAGUGCUCAGCUCGUGGGCACAGGAUCCAUCUGCUGCUGCUGCUUCAUUUCAGCUUAGCGUAGGACAGGCCGGCACUACCAAUAAGACAGUCAGACUUCCUGUGAAUUUCACUCUGCAGGCACCUGGUCCUGGCUACACAUGUGGACCGGCUAAAGUUGUCAAACCGAGUCGAUUCACUACUGCAGAUAAACGACGAGUCACUCAAGCUUUGAUGACAUGGAAUGUUACUUGCACGUAUUCUCAGUUUCUAGCUCAGAAGACUCCAACUUGCUGUGUCUCAUUAUCAUCAUUCUACAACAACACUAUAGUGCCUUGCCCAACAUGCUCAUGUGGCUGCAAAAGCAACACUACUCUGUCUGGAAGCUGUGUAAAUCCGGAGAAACCACAUUUAGCUUCAGUUGUUCCGAACCCGGGGAAGAACGGCUUGGCAGUGCCUCCUGCUGUUCAGUGUACACAUCACAUGUGUCCCAUAAGAGUUCAUUGGCAUGUUAAACUGAACUACAAACAGUACUGGCGGGUGAAGAUCACCAUCACCAACUUCAACUACGCAAUGAACUAUUCUCAGUGGAACUUAGUGGCUCAGCAUCCGAACUUCGACAACCUGACCCAAAUCUUCAGCUUCAACGCCAAGUCGUUGAAUCCAUAUGCAUCUAUCAAUGACACUAUGAUCAUGUGGGGAGUGAAGUUCUACAACGAUCUGCUGAUGCAAGCUGGCCCUACUGGUAACGUGCAGUCGGAGUUACUUUUCCAGAAAGAAACCGAGAGCUUCACGUUCGAAAAGGGUUGGGCUUUCCCGAGAAGGAUCUACUUCAAUGGUGACAACUGUGUAAUGCCUCCUCCUGAUGCCUACCCUUGGUUGCCGAAUGCCAGCUCCCGCCACAUCAUGUCCCCGUCGAUACUAGUCACAGCCGUUUUAUCUGCUCUGGCUUUCCUGCUUAAAUAG